GUGGCCGCUCUGCGGUUCGUCUUGUGCUCGAUGGUGGAGUCGGAAGCCGUGUCGAAAACGGGACGCAGACAGCAGUGGACCAUCCAAAGUCACGAUAAUUUGGGAGUGUGGGUUUCGUGGUGUAUCAUUGGGGCCUUCAGUGUCGUAGCUCAGUUCAUGAUCUGAAAUGGAUUCUGGCUGGAGCCUCUCUGCCACCGUCUCCCCAAACCCGGGGGGAAGAAACUCAACGGGGCACCAACAGCAGGAAGCUGAAGAAGAAUCGCCCGCAGAAGCAGGAAGGGGAAAGAGACUCUUGUUGUUCCCAAAAAUGGGAAUAUCCAAAUUCCAAAACCACGGAGACCAGGGAUACAGAAGGAGAGACAGAUCAGAGAGCAACGAUCUGAAAUUCGAACAACAUUCCGAAAAGAAACGUUGCAGAAAAUUCGGAGCCAGUUUCAUCGACCAGUUCGGCAUUCGUCAGGAUCUGGGAAGCGAUUCCGACUCUGACAUCGAGGGAGAGGAAGAGACAGAGGAUGAUUUAAAAGAUGAUUUAGUAGGAGAGGAUUUAGAAGAAGACCACGAGCAACAGGACAGGGAAUCCCAAGAGGUCAGGCUUUUUCCGAACGACAGGAUCAGGAAUUCGAAGCUGUGGAAGAAAGACGAUGGGACGGAGACGCAAUUCCCCAACUUUGAGCGCAGGAUCAUAAUCCCGGGAACCGGGGUCAAGCUUUCCGAGCUGGGGUUGGAAUCGGAAGGUUCGGAAUCGGAGGAUUUGGGGGACCCCGAGGAUGUGGGGGAGCUGGAAUAUUUGGGGGAGGAGGAGGAGGAAGAGGAGGGGGUGAAGAGGGAGUUUGUAGGAGACGGUUCUAUCGACGAGUACGGUCAGCACGUCGGGUACAACAAACGCAAGACGGCAGACUACUUCUCCAGUCUGAUCGCUGGUAAAGGAGCUUUCUUUCCACGUAAACUUGUCAAAUCAAAUCGUAAUAAAAAAACUAAGCUUCACUUUCCUUCCACAUGUUCCACGAACAUCUCUGCUUUCGGGAGCAGCAAGCUCCAGAGCCGCGUGGCCAUCAAAAACCUGAAUAGUUUUCCCGGAGGCGAUGGGGCGGAGAGAGGGGAGGGAGAGACGUGUUUUAUAAACGAGUUCGGAAUGGCGCAUCCUGCAAAUCACCUUCAGACAAAGGGAGUGGGGAACGAUAUAGAGGGGGAAAGGGGUCAUGAUCCCUCGGCGGAGAGCUCAGAAGUAAAGGCACAUAAAAAUAAGAUGUCGCUGAUCUCCUCAGUCAAACCAAGCAGGAAACUACAGGGAGAGAGACUAACGUCUGACAGCUUCUCCAGCAGGGCUUUAAAAGUGGCCCCUAGAAGCUUGUCUGGAUAUCGGAACUCACAGGACUAUAAGCCCUCAGUGAAGUCAGAAAAUAAUGAAGAUGGCCAUAAUAAUACAGAAGAUUUAGAAAGGGACAAAAAGGACGGGAUGGAGAUAUCUGAGACUGUCAAAUUGGAAAGGCCGAAAUCUUGUUACAAAGUCAUCAAUAGGGAAUUUGUCAAGAUGGGGGAGGAGGAAGGAGAAGGAGGAGAGAAGGAUGACGAAGGAGAGGAAGGAGGUGGAAAGGAUUUGGAAGGACUGGAGGAAGAGAAGGAAUCGGUUUUCAUUAACGAGCUGGGUCUGGAGGAAAAGCGGGAGGAGGGUGGAGAGGGGGAUGAAGACUUUUCUGAAGGAGAAGAGGAGGAGGAGGAAGAGGAGGAGGAGGAGAUUUCAGAAUUUGACGAGGCUUUAGAAGAAGACGAUGAAGACGAGGAAGGAGAAGAGCCAGAAAAAAAACAAGACCGACUGAGAACCGAAAAAAAACUGAGAACCUCCGACCCUGAAACUGGAGCCUCUCCCGAGCAUCCCAGCAAAGAGGAGCUGUUCCACUGCUCCGUGUGCGAGCAGACCUUCCGCUUCAAGUCCGGUCUGAAGCGCCACUUUGCGCGGCACACGGUGGCCAAGCCCUUCCCCUGCCCGCGCUGCCCCAAGACCUUCAAGCACUCCUUUAACCUGUCCUCGCACCUGCGCACCCACUCCGGAGACAAGCCCUACGUCUGCCCGCUCUGCCAGAAGGGCUUCCGGGACUCCACCGGGCUGCUGCACCACCAGGUGGUGCACACUGGGGAGCGGGCACACCAGUGCCCCGUCUGCGAGAGCCGCUUCUCCCUGCGGAGCAACCUGCAGCGACACCUGCGACGCAUGCACAAGCUGGGGAAUGAGACCGAACCCUCACCGUCCUCGUCGGCAUCCAUCCCCACCUCGUCGCCGGUCCUCCUCAGCCUUCACUCCUGCGGAGACUGCCCCAAGACCUUUAGCACCACCAGCAACCUCAAAAAGCACCGCAGCCUGGCCCACGGGGAAGGGGAGGGGACGGGCCCCCCUGCCCCACCCCGCCCUCACCCCUGCGAUCUCUGCGGCAAGGCUUUCCGGCAGCGCUGGGAGCUGGAGCGCCACUUCAUGCUGCACACCGGCACACGCCCCCAUUCUUGCCACGAGUGCCCCAAGAGCUUCUCCACGAAGAGCGCCCUGGCGCGUCACGGCCUGACACACCGCAACGAGAGGCCCUUCCCCUGCGGGCGGUGCGGGAAGGCCUUCGGGAGUGCGCGCUACCUCAAGGCGCAUCUCGAGACGCACCGUGAGGGGACCCCCUACGAGUGCGACGUGUGCCACCGCCGCUACGGCCUGGCCUCCAGCCUGCGCAAGCACAAGAGGAGGCACCAGCGCGCCUCGCGGCUCGAGGAGGCCAUCGAGAGGGCUGGGGGGGCGGGUUCUGGGAGCCCCUACUGCUGCCCCGACUGCCGCCUUGCCUUUCCUGCGCCGGAGGAGCUCCGGGCGCACUCCUGCCCACGCCCCAAGAAACCAAAGGAGCCAGGCAGGGAGGUGUGCCUGUGCAGCGAGUGCGGGAAGACCUUCUCCAGCUCCUCCACACUGCGCCGGCACUUCACCAUCCACACGGGCGAGAAGCCCUUUCACUGUGCCUCCUGCCCCAAGCACUUCCGCACAGCCUGCCUGCUGCGCCUGCACAGCCGGGUGCACAGUGAGGCGCGCCCCUUCGCCUGCCCGCUCUGCGCCAAGACCUUCCGCUUUCAGGGGGCGCUACAGAGGCACCGGCUGGUCCACGAGCGUCGCCGGCAGGCCCCCGAGCCCGAGCCCGACCCACGCAAGAGGCAUGCCUGCCCCCAAUGCCCCAAACGGUUCCGCAGCCCCCGCGAGCUCCGGCGCCACCUGCUGGUGCACACAGGUGAGAAGCCCUACGAGUGUGAGCUCUGCGGGAAGUGCUUCAAGCAGGAGUCCUACCUAAAAUACCACCGCCUGCUGCACGCCGACGAGAAGCCCUUCCACUGCGGGCAGUGCGAGAAGAGCUUCAUCUCACCCUACCACCUGAGCAGGCACAUCAGAGACGUGCACAAGAUGAAGGCUUAGAGGGACUGGAGAGAGGAGAGAGGACGACUGGGGAGGUGCGGGCGGGGGAGAGGAGGAGAGAAGCGCUUCAUCUCCCCUGUCAUCUCACCAGGCACAUCAGAGACGUGCACAAGAUGAAGGCUUAGAGAGAGAGGGACGAGAAGGGCUUCAUCUCACCCUACCACUUGAGGAAGAGCAGGAGAAGGACUGGGGGAGGGAGAGGGGGAGGAGAGAAGAGCUUCAUAUUGAGAGAGGGAGUGGAGAGGAGAGAAGAGCUUCAUAUCGAGAGGGAGGAGGGGGAGAGGAGAGAAGAGCUUCAUAUCGAGAGGGAGGAGGGGGAGAGGAGAGAAGAGCUUCAUAUAGAGGGAGGGGACUGGAGAGGGGAGAAGAGCUUCAUA